AUGUGCUAUGAGCGGGCCGCGGUGGACGCCGCCGAGCAGAUCGACAGGGAGCGGGAGGAGGAGGAGGAGCUAAUGUACUUUCAGGAGCCCCAGCAGCUGCUCGACCGCUUCACUGCGCUCGAAGAGUCCAACCUCUUCCUGAUCCAAAACUCGCAGGAGACGGAGGAGGCGCUCGAGGAGCUCAAGGUGAAGCUGCAAGUCGCGCAGGCCAAGAUGGUGGACGACGCGGCUGGCCUACAGGGCCAGAUCGACAGCUUGGCGGGCCAAGUGGCGGCGGAGGAGGAGAAGCGACGCGGCCUCGCCGAGAGGAGCGGCGCCGGCGGGGGCACGCAGGAGCAAACCUUGCACGAGCUCAACCAAAAGGUGGCGGAGGUGUACAAGGCCAUCUUCUCCGAGAGCGACAACUCGCUCGGGACGCUGCAGAUGCUGACCAACAUCGAGUCGCGCCUGGAGGAGCUGCUCGCGGCCAUCGACACGAUGCCGCAAGAUGAGGUGGAGGCGGCGCAGCGCCAAAAGGAGAAGGAGCGACGGGAGAGGGUGCGCAAGGUGAAGCAGGCGGAGGCGGCCAAGGCUGCGGAGGAGCGCAUCCAGCGGGCCAUCCGGCGCUCGCAGGAGCCGGUUGCGCGGCGCACGGGCAAGCCAAUCAUGUUCAGGUCGUACUUACCGCAGAGCAAGCCGAAGGAGGCUGUGGCGGAGAAGCUUGAGACGGGGCCGGAGAAACUUGAGACCGACCUCGAUUUCUACUUGAACUUGCCGUGA